UGUAAAUUGACCCCAGGUGGCUAAGCGCCAGCCACGAAUCAUGCCCCGAGGGGCCGCGGCGAAGAGGGGGGGGAGUCGGUGAGCAGCAUCCCUCUUCAGGACAUGGAAGAGGGGAGCAGCGGAUCCCAUGGGAAAGAUGAAGUUGCCGUGCAGCCUGACAAUGUGGUUGCUGCUGGCCUCUGCGCAGGCGCAUGCUGAUCAGUUAGGAACUGACAAUUACCAAGCGGAAAAGAGGCAACUGGAAGAGUUCCUACCCAAAAUAUGCAGCAUUUAUGGAUCAUCCUCAUACCCACGAGGAAUACCGGGAAAGGAUGGAGAGACUGGACCAAAAGGUGUGCCAGGUGACCCUGGCAGUAGAGGCCCUCCGGGAAAGUUGGGCCCAGCGGGCUCACCUGGCUCACCUGGGCCAGCUGGGAGCGCUGGACCUCCUGGACCAGCUGGUCCCCCUGGUAACAACGGCCUGAGAGGGCAACCAGGCAACACUGGUCCUGCUGGACCCCCUGGGAAUCCUGGAACUCCAGCCGCAACGAACCGCAUCUCCUGCACUAACGUCUCCAGCAGAGGUGACACCACGAGUUGCCCCACAGGGCACAUAGCAGUGUCGUGUGCAUGUGGAAGCGCUUGUGGUUCGUGGGACAUCCCAAACGACAGCACGUGUCACUGUCAGUGCCGUGGGAUCGACUGGACAUCGGCGCGGUGCUGUAAGCUGGCCUGACACGGAUCGGUAGUGAAGAUGGGAAACAAUCGUAGAGAAACCAAAUUACAUUAUCAACACGAAGCAGAGAGAGCGCCACAAAGUGGAUUGGCAGUCGUGGGCGCGCUUUUGUUUUCUUAAGUCAAAUUUUCUAAUAUUUUAAAAAAUGUAUUUCCCAUUAAACCAAAUGCUGCACAACAAUAGAAAUGCAGAAAGUAUAUGUCUUCUCCGAAUGGGGCAGAAAUGUAACGUUAGAAAUGAAUCGAUGUGAUUUCACGAAGGUACGUUGCCCAAAUUGUUUUGUGAGAUAUAUCUUGCAAGGAAAUGCACGUGAGGAAUGUGAGGUUUUUGUGAUUUAAUGAUAAUUUGUUUUUGCUUUUCAUUGGGACUACCCAGCUCUAAAGUGAAUUGGAGAUUACAUGUCCCUUGUGUGUUUAUGAAUUUUAAAUAUAUUUACCAUAUGUGUUUACCAAAAAAAAUAUUUAGCCAUAGCUCCAUUUAAAAUAUCUGGAUUUAUGUACAUUUUUACGAACCAAUUCAGAGUAUAAUUGGGAUGAUGUUUAGUUGCUGUGCAGUAUUACACUGUCAUUUUGGUGUGGUCUUAUAGUCCACAAAUGGUGUAUACCUUUAUCGAUGUAUCGCAUAACACAAUAAAUGGUUUGCUGAGUUUAUUUUAAUAUUUUU